AUGCUCCGAGUCGCCGCCCGAGCCCUUUCCGUCUCCACCACCCGACGAUCCGUCGACCCCGUCCAGGCCAUCUUCCUCAACAAGAUCCGAGAGUACAAGUCUCGAUCUGAGACCGAAGGAAUCGUCGACGGCGGCGCUGCUUUCGCCCAGGAACGAGCUGACAUUCAGGAGCGACUUUCCCGAACUUACGGAGGUGGAAACAUGGAUGUCUUCCCCGAGAUCAACUUCGCCGCCCCCGACCUCACCCAGGACAGCAUCGACGGCGAGCGAACCAUCGACAUCCAGGUCGCUUAA